UGUAAUAUAAAUCAUAAAACAAAUUAUAAUUUUCAAUGUUUUGAUAUUAUACCUACUCUCAGUUCUCCAAGUAGUUUUGAAUUUAAAUAUAUUACCGGCAAAUGUAUACCAAAUACGCAGGCGUUGUGCUGUAGACAAGCGCAGAUACCAUCAACUUAGCAAAGCUGAAGUUAACAGCCAUAGUGUUCACUGUGAACAAAUUGUUUCAUAUUUUAAACGAGGAUUAUUUUGAAAAUAUGAGUUAAGUGAUUGUUUUACAAGUGCUGAAAGAUGUGAAACAAAUUAUUACUCCUAUUGUUGUCCAGUUUUCAACAAACUACGUCGAAGUUAUAACAAAUAAUAGAGAAAAAGAUGGCGGCUGUAGAUUCGGCUGAAAAAGAAGCCAGUGAGGUUUUACACACUUUAUUGUCGGUAGAGAGAAUAGAAAAACAGGAAGACGCUGGUGAUAAUCAGUCAUAUACAUCAAAUACUAAUGUUGGUAAUGAUGGUCAAGAAGAAGCUCAAAUCCAGUGGCAUACACCUGUUUCAAUAUCUCAUUCAUUAUUUUCUGCAAUAGAUGCAUCCGCCCACUUCGCCCAGAAUAUGGACGAACAGCAGGUUAUAUGGGAGGGACACACUAUAGUCGAUUCAGAUGCAAAUAUUAAUACAAUUUACACUGGCCAUUCCUUGGAAGAAUCGGAAACGGGUGACGAUGAGUCAUUAAAGGGUCAAGAAAAUGGUUUAAAAAAGGAAUCGCCAAAAACAAAAAAGAAAAUUCCCGUUAAAAAGAAAAAGAAAGUGGGUGAUGGUAUUAGUAACGACCCUACUAGAUUGGAAGAAAGCGCCGCUCAAGUAAAAGACAGAUUUAAAAGAGGAUGUGAGUGUCAAGAUGAGAGUUGUUUUCGAGGACUUAAUCCUGAAAGUGUGUAUAAACAUCGACUAAAUAUAGCGGAACUCACAAAAGGAGAACAUGAUAUGUAUUUAAUGGGAGUUACUAUGGCCUGCUUAGCGAACCCCGAUACAACAGUUCGACAUAAAGAGAGAAGAAGACUUAGAGCACAGUAUGUUUAUCAAGGCAGAAGAGUGUGCCUUGACGCUUUCUUAUAUUUAGAAAAUUGUACCCAUUAUCAAUUGAAGCGAAUACGAAAACAUGUAAUGACUCAUGGUGUAGCACCUAGAAUUCAUGGUAACCAUGGAAAAAAACCGCAUAAUACUUUUUCAUUGGACAUUUACAGGCAUGCUACUGAGUUUUUAAAACAAUAUUUAGAACAACAUACUGUAGAACGGGAUAUUUUAAAUACAAAACAACCUAUACAGUUACCAUGGGAUGUAACUAGAAAAAAUUUACACGAUUCUUAUAAAGAAUAUGGUCAAAUUCUAGAACCAGGAAUAAAACUCAUGGGAUAUUCAACUUUUAGGCACUUUAUGAAGGAACAAUUUCCACACGUUAAAUUCUGUAAAGUGGAACCAAAAUCCUGUUCAUCUUCUCAUCAUACUAAUAAUACUCAUAACAAUAGCUCUCACAACAAUCAACAACAGCAGCAACAACAACAACAACAACAGCAGCAACAACAGCAACAGCUCCAAGCUGUUCAACAGCAAACUCAACAAAUACAAACUGUAGUAGAAAGACCGCGCGAACAGCAAAUACAAGUACAAAAAUGUGUAAUAAGCAAUGAAGUGCAACAAGUUAUUCCACUUGUAGUAGCUCCAUCUCCAACUGAUGCUACUAAUAAUCAACACCAUCAACAAACAUUUUUAGUUACCCCCGUACCUCAAUUAGUACCUAACGGUAAUAUUGUUACCCCGCAAAACGCAAAUAAUCAUACUACAACAAAUACAUUUUCAUAUCAAUUGGCAAACACUGGUUAUGUUAUAAACGAACAAGGAAACAUAGUUACGACAAUGGCUAGUGCUCAACAUCACACUCCUUAUACUUUUGGUCGAAUGUAAAAUUAAUAAUAAAAUAUGUAAUAUGUAUAUAAGGUUAACGUCGAUAAUGCUACUCAUAUGAUUGUGACUGAUGUUUGGUAUAUUUACUUGGUAUAUGAAGUAUUUCAUAUGUCUGGUAAAUCAUUGGCUUUAUGUAAAUUAUAUUUUUUUCUUUAAAAUCUAUAUAGAAGAGAUAUACGGGUAAAAAACAUAAAAUACAAUUCACGGUGUACUUUUUUACCGUGCUCCAUGUGGGUAUAAUACAUAUUAUAUUUUCAAUUAUAACUACAGUUAAGUUAACAUGUACUUUUGUAUUUGUUAAUCAUGUGAGUAGCAUGUCUGGAGAAGUUAUUUGUAGAUAUGUAAGUAUUUAUUAAAAAGAUAUUUCUACUUGGAUUAGAAAUUUUUAAACAAUUUGUAAAACUAAGUUGUGGUUCUUUCUACAGCAAUAUAUUAGUUCAGGUAAAUUGUCUGGUUUUAAAGACAAUGGUCGCAUUCAACGGACGAAACCGUUCUGCAACUUUGUACAACACUAGCGGUUUCGUUCGGUGAAACUAAUGAUUGCCAAAUAUUGCCAACCCUUGGUCAUUUUUAGUUAGAAAGAUAACGGGAAUUUGUUUACAUUGAAUAGGUAUUGUAAUUGAAAUUAUGAGUUUAGCACCAAUUGCUUUAUUUAGGAUUUUGCAAUCAGUGCUAGAGAUCUUCUAAUUCAUAAUUAAAAGGGUGAAUUUGUAACCCUUCAAAAUGAUAUCACGUUUUUUAUUAAAUUGCAAUUAAAUGUUUUUUGGAACUUUGAUUCUUUGAUUGCAAAACUUUAAAGCUUCACUUUGACAAUUAAAUUACUGAAAAUGUACCAUCUCGCCCAUUUUGGUCAAAUAAAUGGAUUACCCUGGAUUACUAACCUCAUUUUGACGAUUAUUACAUGAACCUUCGUCGUUUCGACUACAAUAUUUAAUAAAGUGAAACAAAUUUCAAAUAUUAAAAAUAAUGAAGAUAAAAAACUAAUGAAAUUAACAUUCUUUAAAAAAAUCUAGAUAUUAAUACAUUUGUGACAUAUGUCAAGACGAGUUAUGGCAUUACAUUUGGCGCUAGUACUUUUAGUCAUUCUUCUCUUUGCGAAGGGACACAUAUUUUCCUUUUUUUUUUGUACAAGAGCUUGUAUUAUGGUGUUGGAUCUCGUGAUGUUUAUCGUUUUUGAUAAACUCUUCACUUGAUAAAUGCUACUGGUUCAAUUUAUUCUAUAUUGAAUGGAACUAUUGGUUGAAUUUUAACUAAUUUACUUGCACUUGUUACAUGUUAACGCCUUCUACGUUGUAAGGUACUUUUGCUCCCUAACGAUGCCUAUCGCCAGGUUAGUCGGAAUAUAUUUUACAACGUUGCCACUUGCGGCCAAUGUAUAACAGAUAAAAUAAAAACAUUUAUAUGGUUAUAAAGUAGUCAUAGGAAAUAAUAAAAGAAUAAUAGAAAAAUAAAGUAGGGAGAUUCUACAUAAUUGCGAGCCUUGAAAGGUCAUACCUUUCAAAACAUGAUUAUAUAACAUUAUUAUGGUUCCCUUUCAAUAGGUAAUACACUUAUUCUAGACACCGAUCGUUUCAAGUACUUUGAACCAGUUUUAACUAUCACUACCCGAACGUAUCCAUCGUGUCCUGGGUGAACUUCGCCGGUUUUUACCCAAUCUUCCAUUGAAGGGAGAGUAGGUUAUCCUCUUGUGAAAGCACCAACUGUCCAAUCUUGAAAAUAUCAGUCGGAUGCUGCCACUUGCAUCUUUGUUGUAAAGUGUGUAAAUAAUCUCGUGAUCAGUUUACCCAAAACUGUUGAAACAGAAGCUGCAUCUGUUUGUAUCAUUUGGUAAGAGUGCACUUAGCUUCAUCAGCUGGAGCUUCAGGUAAAGAGAGCAACGAACUACCAAUUAGGAAAUGUCCAGCAGUCAGAAUAUCAAAAUAUUCUGGAUUCUCGGUGAGAGGAACAUAAGGUCGAGAAUUGAUUACAGCUUCUACCUGAACUAACACGGUAUAGAAAUCUUCGUAUGUAAGUAAAGUGUUUUUCAAUAUUCUUUUCAAGUGAAAUUUUGUGAGUCACACUGCCGACUCCCACAAGCCACCAAGAUGAGGCGAUAGGGGGGGAAUGAAUUGCCAAACAAUUUUAUUUUCUGAGAGAAAUGCCUGAAUUUUGGGGUUAUUGACACGAUCAAGCACAUUUUUUGCGCCAAAAAAGUUAAAAGCGUUAUCAGAGUAAAUGUUGCUACAGAGACACCGUCUGGAGACGAAUCUUUUUAACUUAUUUAAAAAUCCGUCGGUAGUUAAAUCGCUCACCAAUUCAAGAUGCAUAGCCUUCGACGAAAAACAAACAAAUAUGCAUAAAUAUACCUUGAGUGAUUUUGUAUUCCUUAAGUAGCUAUUUUUUAUGAGAUACGGUCCUACAUAGUUAAUUCCACAUGUGGAAAAUCGUUUAGCAGGUAUUACCCGCGCGGAAGGUAAAUCGCCCAGAUAAUAGAUGGAGUUGCGCGGAAACAUACAAACCUCUUAUUGUGCGUCGACCACUUAGUGGCCAAAAUCUUUGACAUAUUAUAGACAGUAGGGUUUGAGGUUCACAUGAAAAUUUUUGAAAUGUUCAUGACGAACGAGAAUGUUUCGAAGGUAUUAUCAUGGGAUGUUUGUUUUCGUAGUCUAGGUCCGCAUUUUUUAAACUCGCAAAAUAUUAAAUUCGUUUAAAAAUGGAUCUAGAGAUAUCAAUUUGCUGUUUCGAGGUAUUAAUUAAUUAAUGUUCAUUUAAAAGUUUGCGAUUUUUUCACCAGAUCCUGACACUUUUCGUCUCAAAAGCACUAGCUUCAAAGUAAAAGUAAGCAAUAGAAGCAAACACCAGGUUUUCACAUUUUACACAUUAUUUGACAAAUUAGUUUAUAAACUUGUUGACAACAUCGUUAUAUUAAUACUUGGGACACGUUCUAUAUUUCUUGAAGGUCCCAAACUUGAACUUAAAUUUUCAAGGAGCUGUACGUCAUCUUCGGUAAAUAGCACGUUUUUAGGGUUAUUUUUAAACAAAUGUUCAUUUAGACAUAUUUUCCAUGAUUAAAACGUUUAGAAAGUAAGACUAAUAAUAAUUUGUAUAAAUAUUUUUUUCAAAGAGGAAAAUUAAAAACAUCCAUCAUAAUACAAUAUUUAAUGAUUAUUCAUAAAGGUGUUUUUGUAAACCACAUGGUUUGUAGAAUUUGCAAAUGAAUACUUAAGUAUAAAAGAAAAUAUUUUAAUUUUUGUAUGUUAAUGGGCGCUUAGACUACUCGGCUGUUAUCAAACAAUUUACAAAUAUGGUUUCCCGUUACUUCUGUAGGCGUCUUCAUAAAGGACAGGCCAUGUAGUCUUACACCAUGACGGUUCAUCAUCAUCGUAAAAUAGCUCCCAUUGGAAAAAGGGUAUCUGUCAGUGUUUCAGCAGCUGUGGUAAAUGAAUUCGCCAUUCUCUUGCGUCGUUGUAUGGGUUUCGUCAAUUUUGUUGACAAGGGCUCUCAAUUUUCUUCUUUUUUCAGUUUUUAUAUAGCCUCUUACCGUGUUAAGUUUAUCUAUUGCAGUUCUUUCUCGAUAGCUCUGCUCCAUAUUCGUACAGCUCUGCCUCUUUUCCUUCUACCUGUUUUAUUAUAAUUAAAUGCUUGUCUGGUUAUGUUUGUUGCUGGUUUCCGUAGUGUAUAACGUACCCAUCUUCAUUUUUUGUAAUCAUUACAUGAAUUUUCUCUUCCGCUAUGUUCCAAAGGUCUUCAUUACUUAUCCUAUUUGGCCAGAAAAUUUUGUAGAUAACUCAUAGGCAUCUGUUGAUAAACGUUUGAAUUCUCUGAAACAUCUUUUUAUUAUACGUCCAAGUUUCGGCCCCAUAUAAUAACAGAUUUUACAUUGCUCUGUAAUGGUCUUAGUUUUGUUGUUCUUGGGAUACUUGUUGAAGACCAUAUUUUAUACAACGACAUAAAAGUGUUUUGCCAUAUUCUUCUUUUUCUAUCACUUUCAGUACCUCCUAUUGUAUGUAUCAUUCUGCCUAAAUAGCAAAAUUGUUCAACUUCCUCUAUUUCUAUUCCUCCUAAGUAUAUAGCGCUUUCAGUACUUGUUUUGCAAAUGGUGUUGAAUUAUUAAGUGGCCUGUUAGUUUUAUCUUGCAUGUGAUUUAUUUUUGUUGUUAUUAUUUAUUAAUUAAUUUGAGAAUGAUAGAAAAAUAAAGUAAUGAGAUUCUACAUAUGGAACUCGAAGUAUACUUCUUGGCAUGCUUAAAAUUUGUGUAAUCGAGUCCUGCAAAGUAGUUUAGAACGCUGAAAUCGUCAACUUUUUUUUGUGAGAUUCUAUCAGUUUGUGAUGCAGGUCUUUUAGGUAAUCGCGACCCGAUAAAGUUGUUUUGUUAACUCCUAUAGUGUUAGAUAAGUAAAUAACGUAACUAGUUAUAAGUGCAAUAUUGAGCAUUCUAUAAAAACUUUACAACGGCCAGCGCCAUGUCUUCCGACAACAAGAAGUAAAAGCACACAUUUGAUCCAAAGUAUCUACCUGAGUCUGAUUAGAAAAUUAAUUCAUUGUAGGCUUUUUAGUAUUCUCAUUUACCGUCCCUUCCUCAUCACAUGUAGAUACUACGAAUACUACUUUUUGGCGUUUUGGUUUAUAGGAAAGCAGCGUAAAUUCAUAAUCAUAACAAAAUAUAGCUGUUCCAGUUCCUCUCGCGCAGUCAUUUUAUAAUUCCGUAGGUAUCUCUCUUUUAUUUGCUCUUAAAGUUCUUGUUAAUGUUAGCUUAUAUUAUUAUUUUUUCAAUAAGUUUGUAGCAGUGAAUUAAACCAAUUGUCUAUGGUACUAUUUCCAUUAGUGCCACAAACAAUGCGUGUCAAUUCUUUCACAAAAUAUUCUCUGAACGGUACUCCAUUAGUCCUAAUAAAAGAACCCAGAUAGGCCUCGGAUUCUACCAUAUACUUUGUAGACUAGUUGUCAACUACCAUCACGAUUUUUAUUCCACAUUUACUUGGCUUAUUAGGCAUAUAAAUGCAAAAGGGACAUCUUCCUCUAAAAGCCAAUAAUUUUUCAUUAAUGGUAAGAUAGCAACUAGGUUUGUAGUUCUUACUACAUAUAGAUUCCAUAAAUCUUAAAACUUCGGCCAGUCUUCGUUCGUGGCGCGUAGAUUUGUCGUCGAAUCUGAGGCAGUUUAUUAGGAACUCAAACCUCUCAAAAGUCAUUGUACUUCGGUACCGAUUCCCACAAAAUGUUAUUUCUUUAUGGUAAAUCUUCUUUCAUAGCUGCAUAUAAUGUAAGUACGCCAAUAAGGGUAUUUAAUUAGAAUUUCGGUGUAUAAGUAGCUUUUAGAUUUUUGAAUUUUGGAGAUUUUACUUCUAUCUCUUCAUUAGUCUGGGUCACAAAUAUGUCAAUCAUAUCAUCGGUAAUAAAACAUGAAAAGCAUCGGAGGUGAUCUAAUUCAUUUUUACAUAAGCGUGUAGGUCCAGGUCUAAUAUGAACAAUAUUAUUUGUAGCUAUUCUGCUUCGUGAACUUGACUUCACUGAUGACCACUCGUGUUUGUUUUUCCUAAGAAGAAUCGUACGCGAUGGUCGUACUAUCAAAUCACUGCAUUGUAUGGGAGAGCUAGGGGUAGAGUCUUCAAUAGACUAAACGAGAGAUGUAUCAUUACUUGCCUGAAGAGCUUGACAUAGAAAUAGAAACAUCUUCAUCACUAUCCGUUUCAUAAGCUGGAUCAACUUCGAUAUGGUCUUCUUGUUUACUCUCUGAUGAAUUUUCGUGAGCGCUUUCAUCUUGUAAUAAUAAUUGACGUAUUGUAUUUAUAAUAAUAAGAAGUAAUAUCAAUAACAUAAAUCCACAAAAGAAAAAAAUACGCAAAACUGUACUAACUUAAAAAUAAAAAAUGUCAGGUUAAUACUAAUCUUCGUCGAUCCGACGAGUCAUGGUUGCUGGUAUGGUGCUCACGGCCCCCAGUGCACCAAACACUACCGUCCGCAAGGGCAACGGAUCGACUAAGAUUUGCUCGAGUAAGGAAGAAGUGCGAUGGCGCGCGUAAAAGUCAGCACGACUUUUUAAAAACCGCGUCGUCGAAUUGACCAGGGUUAAAAACUGUCACGAUGUGUCAUAAUUGCAAAAAACAGAAUAUAAAGUAAUAUAAAUUGAUCCUGCUUUGCUUUUCUUGAUUUGAUGUUUUCAAUCCAUCGAAGGUAACCACAACAUUAGUAAAAGUUUUCUGAUUUAAGAAAGACUUGUACAAAUAUUGUGAAGACUAGUUUUGGGAUGCCGAUAUUGAUAUAUUGAAAAAAUAUAAAUAUAUAUAAAAUCCGCUAUCCUAUUUGGUAUAUCGAGAAAGUUUUUUAUGAAUCAAAAAAGGCACUCUUCUUUUAGUUUAUUACCAUGCCUAUAUUUUUAUAUAAAAAACCCUUUUCAAAUUUAUCUAAAAUGUAAUUAUAUUAGUUGUACCCCUAUUUCAAUUCAUUGUGUAAAAAUUUAGCCAUAUAUGAGGUUUGAAUAUUUUGAUAAAAUUAAUAAUGGGGAAAUUUUUAGUUUAAAAAACUUAUAUUUUAUUCCUUAUAUAUGUCAUUCGUAGUGGAAAUGCAAAUAUCAACUUUUGCUCCUUGUAGCUACCCUAAUUCGUUUAUUCGUCUAAUUAAUUUUAGUCAAUAAGCUGCCAUAACUAGCCAUAAAUUUCAAAAAUAGAUUUUUUUUCACAAUACAAUCUUAAAACAAAUGAAUUAUUCAUUAUUCAACCCAAAACUGAGUGGCACUUGAGAUUUUUGGACUAAUACUAUGAUAUUUCGUAAAAAAUAGUGAAAAUUUAAUAUAAUUUGAAUUUAAUUGGAGUACAAUGUGACCACGUUAAAAAAAUUGAUAAAAAGGCAAGAACAUAAAAAUUUCUCAACAAAAAACCAUUCCUAAACAAAAUGAAAAUAGGUAAAUAACGUUUCAAUUAGAACAUAUCUUGAUGGAAAUAGAAAACAUUAACAAAAAUAGUUAAAAAUCAUAGUUAAAGGAUAGGUACUCUUCGAAACGUUUAAAUAAGAACGGCUAACGAAACAUUAAACAAAUUUACGAAAAGCGAUGCAAAAGGAAGGAUAAUAUAUAAAUCAUUUAUCAAGUUUUCUCUAUAGCCAAAGUACAGGAGUAAGUGGAAUAAUAUUUAUGUAAAAUUCAUCAUCAUUUUUCUUCAAUUGGCUCUUGUCACCAACUUUUCUUUCACAUCUUUUUCACUCUCGUAUCAUUCGAUAUCUCCUAAUUCUUCCACUCAAUUCUACUUAUAGUAUUUUCAAUAAUAAACAUAUAUCCAUCAUUUGAAAUAAGUACAGAACCAAAGUUUUUCUGCUAAAGCAACACUUUUCAUUCUUAGCUUAGCUUCAAUUUAUAAGAUAUGUUCAUUUUAACACUUCUAUGAACUAGAAAUAAUUUCACCAAAAUUAUUUAUACUUAGUACCCGAGUACUUAUAUUUUCCUUAAUAAUCCAAUCCCCUAAGGGAAAUUUGAUGAAAAUUAUUAAUUCCAUUUUAUAUUUUUGUUUUAGUAUUAUUUAGAAAUUCACUUUUGUUUUCAAAAUUCCGUCCCGAGGUUUUUUAUGUAGUGUUGUGUGGACAGUGACUUGUUUGAAAAUACAUCCAACAUACCUGAAAUAAUAUUUUUCUGCACCUUCUUGCUGUAAAAAGGUAACUAUGGAUAAUUUUGGUAUAAAGCAUAUUUGAGGUUUUGCACAAAUGAUGACAAAUCAUUUCUAAAGCGACAGAUUGGUUUCAUAUAUAGGUAUUAAAAUAAUCUGUAAGAAAAUAAUAGUAAUUUUUCUAUAGUUUUAUAAAACUAUUGCAGAAUAUACUAUAUACUCAGUGGCGGCGCCAGGCAUGUGCGAUCGCACAGGGCCCGGGGCCCCGCAGGACUAUCAAUCUGUCAGUAUUUUUCAGAAAGCUGUGAAGGUUUUAUCUAAUAUUUCCCGUAUUCUGAGGAUCUGAGGUUAUUUUAAUUUUAUACUUAAAAAUAAAUAUUUUAUAAAUAAAUAUGUAUAUAAAUAUUUUCUACGCGUUUUUGAUGUUUUAAAGUCUGGGGCCCCGCAAGUAUUGAAGUAUGGAAUCAAACUUUUUAAAUCGCGAAACUGCUAUGCUACUGCUAUUUUCCGUGGAAGGGCCCCCCCUAACUCACCUCGCAUAGGGCCCCGCGGCGGCUAGCGCCGCCUCUGUAUAUACUCGUUUAUUGUAACACAAUUUAAUUAUUAACUAUUAACAAAUCAUUUUUCUCUGUUAUUUUUAUCUAACAUGAGUAAACCGGGCCAAA